GGUAAAAGUUCUUUACAUAAGUUACUAGCAUAUCCCUUCCACCGUUCUCAAACUAGUUACUAUCGAUAGUGAUCGAUAGUAAACUUGAGUAAACCACGUGCGUGCUAGCAAGAUUACUGUAUCAUUAAUCUUAUAAAAUAUUGUUUAAUUCAUUAUUUAAAGCUGGAAAAAUAAAAUACACUCAACAUGUCCGAUAGUAGUCUUCAAGACAGCCAGAUUGCAGGAGCAGAUUCUGAAUUACAAGAAUUUUUUCUAGCUGAAAAACAAAAAGCGCAAUUCCAAGCACAGAUUCGUGAAUUCAACGACAUUUGUUGGGAUAAAUGUGUUGAAAAACCAGGAGUCAAAUUGGACAGUCGAACAGAAACAUGUUUGAGCAAUUGUGUUGAUAGAUUUAUAGAUGUUUCUCUUUUAAUCACAAAUCGUUUUGGACAAGUUUUACAAAAAGUUUUAGAAAAUUAAUUUCUUAAAUUAUUUGCAUGACUGUACUAUAAAUAUUUUUAAUUUCAUCUGUAUAGUAUUUGGUAAAUAAACAAAAAAUAAACCAUAUUUAAUGUUUAGCAAAUAACAAAUACAAUUGUAUAUUUUUUUCAACAAAAUUAUUCUUUAAAAUCUUUUAUACAAAAAAUUCAAUUCAUAUUUUACAUAAUGUACAUCUUAACUUACUAGUAGUUGUGAAAUCUGUUCAAAGGAAUUAUGUUCCUGUUUUUAAGGAAUUAUGUUGUACAGAAACAUAAUAGCCUAUUUUACGACUGAUGUUAUAAUAAAUACAUUUUGAGUA